CCUAUUCCAUUCCCAUCGUCUGAGAAUGGGGAUGUCAACAUUUAAGAAUGGUUUUCUCUCUGCGUUUGAUUAUAAAACGGCAAAGUAUGUUGUUGCGGAAAAUAAGAGAGUUGGCGUAUUAUUUAGAGUUGUUCAGUUGUCUAUAAUCGGAUACUUAAUCGGUUGGGUUUUUGUAACAAAGAAGGGUUAUCAAGCUACAGAGGAGUCCAUACAGAGCUCUGUAAUCACCAAAGUGAAAGGGGUUGUACUAACCAACUCCAGCGACUCGGGACUCGGUCUGUGGGGACCAGAGGACUAUGUUAUCCCACCUCAUGGAGAAGCAAGUCUUUUCAUCACAACUAAUUUCAUAGAAACACCAAAUCAGACAUUAGGAAACUGUGCAGAGAGCUUUAAAGUUCCUGACGGCCUCUGUCGUGACGAUGGUGACUGCCAACCUGGAGAGGCAGUUACAGCUGGUCAUGGGAUAAAGACUGGUCGGUGCUUGAAGGAUGGAAAUGACACAGGAAAUGGGACAUGUGAAAUAUAUGGCUGGUGUCCAACCGAAAGGAGUCAGGAACCCCAUGUGCCUCUCUUAGGAAAAGUUGAAAACUUUACCAUCUAUAUCAAGAACUUCAUCAGAUUUCCAAAAUUCAGCUUCUCAAAAUCAAAUGUCCUUGAGACAAACGACGGCAAUUAUUUAAAGAAGUGCAUCUACGAUGAGGCAGCCCAUCCCUACUGUCCCAUCUUUCGUGUGGGCGGGAUUAUCAACAAAACUGGACACAAGUUUCAGGACAUGGCUCAAAAAGGUGGGGCAAUUGGGAUCCUGAUCAACUGGAACUGUGAUUUGGACAAAGGAUCGUCGCACUGCCAUCCCAGAUACAGCUUCACCCGUCUGGAUGUGGGCACCUCUGUCAGCUCCAUCACGUCAGGCUACAACUUCAGAUAUGCCCACUAUUACAAGAAUGCUGAUGGACAGACCUACAGGACUUUGUACAAGGUGUAUGGAAUUCGUUUUGACAUCAUGGUUCAUGGAAAGGCAGGGAAAUUCAGUAUCAUCCCCACCAUAAUUAAUAUUGGAUCAGGACUUGCACUGAUGGGAGCUGGUACUGUCCUCUGUGAUAUGGUCUUGCUUUACAUAAUGAAAAACAGGACCCUCUACAGAGAGAAAAAGUUUGAACCUGCGAAGGGUGGCCCAUCAGACAGCAAUGGCACUAGCACAAGAGAUGGAACUCCAGAGGGACGGAGACGGGAUUCAGAUGAGAUGCAUUGUGAGAUGCUCAGGAGGGAAGAUGUUACAAAUGACGCAGAGACCUCAGCCUGAUUGCGAGUCCACUUAUCUGGGGUGUUUCCUGAAAAGGGUGGUUAGAUGGUUAGCACUACGUUAGCAACUUACAUGGUUGGAACUAUGCAGCCCGGUUUCCGAACCUUAGUUCAUGGUGCAACCUACGUUGUCCAAUGCAUCGUCAAGCCAUAGUUUCAACAAAUGUUCAAAAACACUGUUGUUGUUAUAUACUGUAGCUCAAACUACAGCUCAACAGCCAAAGAGACAUUUUAGAAACCUGAAAAUGGCUGGACGUUAUACUGAUGGUUUUUUUGUUCAUUUUUCACAUUGUUAUUUUGGGAAAUAAAUAAAUAAAUAAAUGAG